AUGGCGGCAAGGAAAAGGCGAGAGCUGUUCACGAUCGUAGAGACGGACCCGGAGAGGGAGCCGCUGUCCGACAGCGUGGAGUCCGCUGCGCUCAAUCUGCGCGCCGACGUCAAGUGGUUCGAGAUCCCCUUCCGAAAGCGCGACUCGGACGAGGAGGAAGAGCUCGCCGCGACGGGGCCGCGGCACGCGCUGGGCGACGGCGCCGACGCGCGCGACUAUUUCCGGUUGCUCUUCCCCGACUCCCUCUUCGAGCACAUGGUGGAACAAACAAACAACUACGCCCUCUACAGGCAGAGGAGGAGCGGGAGAAUCGACUCCCACUGGCACCCCACGAACGUGCGGGAGAUGCAGGCGUACAUCGGCCUCAACAUCCUCAUGGGGAUUAAUCAGCUUCCGGAUUACGGCAUGUACUGGGCGACGGACAUCUUCAUCGGCAACGCGGGCUUCAAAAAGACCAUGACGGCCAGGCGCUUCGAGAAGCUCAACCAGAACAUCCACCUGUGCGACCGCGAGAUGGAGCCGGCGCGCGGGCGCCCCGACUACGACGGCCUCUACAAGAUCCGGCCCCUGCUCAACGUGGUGCAGAGCACCAUGUGGGAGGCGUACGCCCCCAACAGGUGCCUGACGAUCGACGCGGGUGCGGUGGCGGUGAAGGGCCGCUUCUCCACGGCUCAGUACAUGCCCUCGAAGCCCAUCAAAAAGGGCCUGAAGGUGUGGAUGCUGUGCGACUCCAAGUCGGGCUACUGCCACCGCGCCGCGAUCCACGUCUCGCGGCCGGGCGAAGACGCGGAGGCCCUCGGCUACAGGGUCGUCACAUCCCUGGCGAAGGGGCUCGAGGGCAAGUACCACCACCUUUUCAUGGACAGCUUCUUCACCUCGGUGUCCCUGCUGCAGCGCCUGCUGCGGGACGGGCUCUACGCCUGCGGCACCACCCAGCAGAGCCGGCACGGCUUCCCCGACAUGCUGAAGCUGCGCAACGUGGGCAAGCUGGCGCCGGGCGAGUUCUUCCAGUGCCAGCAUGGCAACAUUGUGGCGACCGUCAUGCGCGACACCAAGGUCAUCAGCUGCCUGUCGUCGAACUGUACCCCGGGCAUCGUGGGCAUCUGUCAGAGCAGGCAGUGCGACGGGCCCUCUUUCGGGAUGCCCCGGCCGCUCCCGCUCCUUCUGUACCAGGAGAACAUGCGGGGCGUGGACCUGUGCGACCAGCUCCGCGAGUGCUACCAGGUGGGGCGGCCCUGCAAGAAGUGGUGGCGCUACUUCCUGUGGUUCUACAUCAACCUGUGCAUUGUCGACGCCUACAUCAUCAUGCGGGAGAGCCGCGGCGGGGCGCCGCCCCCCGGCUUCAGCGGCAAGCAGUUCACGCAGCGCCAUUUCCGCAUCCGCCUGGCGCAGCAGCUCAUCGGGGACUACCAGGGCGCACGGGGCAUGGAGCGGGCCGCCCGCAAGCGCCACGCGGACUCGCCCGUGGAGUACGGCCACCGGCUCGAGCGCAUGUCGGAGCGCUCGCGCAGGUGCAGGAACUGCACCAACAAGGGACUGCGGCACGAGAGCGUCUUUGGCUGCAAGAUCUGCAACGUGCACCUGUGCAGAGGCGGCUGCUUCUCCGAGUUCCACAAAUAG